AUGAUGACGUCGCGAUUCCUUGUAUCCGGCAACCCGGCAACCGACCCGAAAGCCGCUGCGCAAUGGCUAGCCGAACAACGACGACGACCCAUCCGUGCUCCACACAAGACGGUACAAUAUGGCGAACUGGUCAUCACCAGAGGCGGUCUCUCGUCGGUCUCUAAAGAAGACCUCUGGUCUAUCCUGGAACAGGUCGCGAUUGCCGCGAUUGAAGUUGCGCGUUUUGAUCUGGCCGAACUGUGCAUCUCUCGGCUCAGCUCGCGUUUCGCCAACUCACAACGCGUCACCUCACUCCAAGGUAUGCUGCUCGAGGGACAGGCCAAAUCGAGAGAUGCAAUUAGGCUGUAUGAGAGUGUGCUUGAAACCGAGCAGACCUCGCUGAUCCUCUCGCGCAGACGCAUCGGCGCGAUCAAAUCUACCGGCGACAUCAAACAGACGCUACACGCGUUGAACUCUCAUCUCGACAUCUUCUACAACGAUCCCGAGGCAUGGCAGGAGCUCGCAGAGGUAUAUGCGACCCAAUCCAUGUACGCGCAGUCCGCUUUUGCAUUGGAAGAGCUCCUGUUGCAGGUGCCACAAAACGGCUUCUUCCAGUUAAAGUAUGCCGAGACGCUCUACACCGCCGCCGAGCUCACCAAGUCGUACAAGGCGUAUCUGAGGGUCUUGGAGAUGUGCCAGAGCGAUGCAGCCACUACGCAGCCGGUAGCGCCGAAUACAACUGCUGCACAUGGCGCUUGGCUGCGUGCGCUGUGGGGCACAAAGAUGGUGACAACCGCCUUGAUCGCCACACCUCCCAGAGCAAGCUCGACAGACGAUGCGAUCGAUCAAGCCAAAGUACUCAAGAUCGACGAGCUCGUCACCAAGCUCCUCCUCACCAACGUGUAUACCCCGCAGGCCGUGGCUUGCAAGCACCUCAGGGAUGUGGCGCGUGCUGUUCUCGCUGCUUGA